AUGAAGCUUAAUGGCUUCAUGUAUUCGACAAUUGAAUACACGCAAGAUAAAAGAUUAAAAUUCAAAAAGUCACGAUGGGAGUUUGUUUGGUUUAUUGUAAAUUUGAUGCCAACUUUCGUAGUGUGGUCAUCAUUUGAUAUGAAAAUGUUUAGUACCGAGCAUGCACCUGUCUCGAUACAACAGCGAAGGGAAAUAAUUGGAAUUUUAUGUGGAUUUAUGCUUUAUACAACUCUAUUUAGCAACACAUACACAAAAAUGUUUCAGUAUUUUAAGUCUGAAACAUUCUUCAACUUGCUCUCGACUUUUAAGAUUAUCGAAAUGGAGGGUGUGGAUGAGUUUCUUGCUGUUGUUAUCAGAAAGUCUUCGUUUUCGUUGAUGAAGGAAUCAGAACUUAUUGAAGACAUUCUGAUAGCAAAACAAAUAAUUAACAUGAUUUGUGAAAAUUUAGACAACAUUGGAAGUAUUUAUGGCAUUUCCAUUUGGUCAGCAUAUUCAUAUUCUUGCUUUUAUCUCAUAAUUAUUUCAUUUGGUAUCAUACAUUAUUUUAUUUCACCAAUUGCUAAAAAUUUUACAAGAUUUCUUACUACAGCGAGUUUAUGGUUAAUUACAUUUUCAUUGCUUUUAUUAUGUUUCGCGAUCUCAAACUCCAUAAAGAGAGAAACACGAGGGAUCGAAGAAAAAGUAUUUCGGAUCCAAUACAAAGUAAAAAGAUCACCAAAAGUUAUUAAAUUUGCUCAAUUACUUUCUUUGCAACUUCAUCAUCGACCACCACAAAUCUCCUAUGGAGUUUUCAUUAUGGAUUGGACAUUUUUGCUUACGACUGUUGAUAUGAUCUUUGGUUAUUUAAUAAUCAUACUACAAUGA